CUUUAGCAAGACAAUGUGCCAAGAAGUGUAAGCUAGUUCGCGCCUUUUCAGUACAAGUCUUCGCAAUGUCUGUGGACAAAAGAGAUAUGAAUCUGGAUCGGAUCCUAGUGGAAGAGAUUGGACAAUGGGGACGGUUCCAGCUCAGAGCCGUGGUGCUGUGUGCCCUGGUGGCGUUGGUGGGGAGUGUGCAGUGCUAUGCGUAUUUGUUUACUGUUGUGAAGGUCAAAACAAGAUGCCUUAUCCCUGAAUGUGAUGACUCCACCCCCCAGUUCUCCCCACCAUGGCUCCUGAACGCGGUGCCGUCUCCAGGGAGCUCCUUCGACAACUGCCAUCGUUUCACAACGAACAUGUCUCGGAGCAGUGACUCCUGUUCAGCAGACAUGUUUGAUAGGAACUCGUCGGUGCAGUGCGAGGAGUAUGUCUAUGAGCAUAGGAAUUCGGCUUAUUAUGAGUUUGGUCUGGCCUGCGACGACUGGCGCCCAACUUUGAUCGGCUCGGCCAAGACCCUGGGCUACAUGUUCUGCCUCCCGAUGAUGGGCCUGGUCUCCGACCGCUGGGGCCGGCGCCUCGCCCUCGCACUUACCACCUUCAACGCUGUCUGGAUCGGAAGCCUGGCGUAUUUCUCUGUCUCCUAUAACUGCUACAUAUCUAUAUCCUUUGUAGAAGCUCUGUUUGGAGCGUGUUCUUUUUCUAGUGCUUAUAUUUUAGCUGUGGAAUAUGUGGGGCCAAAAUACCGAGUAGCAACUGGCGUCACUAUGAGCACUUGCCUCGCAAUAGGACAAACACUUUUGGGUGUCAUAGCCUGGACGGAACCUUAUUGGAGGCAUUUAAUCCUCAUGCUCUACUUGCCACAAUUUAUUUUCGUGGUCUACUUUUGGAUCGCACCGGAAUCAGUUCGAUGGCUGAUCAGCAAAGGCCGGUAUGAGGAAGCCUUAAAAAUCUUGAAAAAAGCUGCUAAGAUGAAUGGAAGUGCUUUAUCAGAAAGGACUUUAAAAGAGUUCUCGGAGUUAAAAGAUGUUGUGACGAAGGAAAAAGAUACAACGGAACCUUGGUUGAUAUGUCUGGUCUUCAGACAUAAACCAAUUUUAUUGCGUUGUUUAGUGACGCCGGUGUGGUGGAUCACUUGUAUUCUGAUGUACUAUGGGCUGACGAUAUCUUCUGUGGGGAUAUCCGGGAACAGAUACGUCAACUAUUCAGCGUGCAACGCUAUCGAGAUUCCGGGGUAUUGGACCGCCGUGUUGCUUCUGAACAGGAUUGGGAGGAAGGCUGUGUUGGCGGCAGGAUUUUUGAUAAGUGGAGCCUGUCAGAUUGCCUUUAUAUUUGUGUCGGACGGUAACUACUGGCUUUCUCUGACAGUAUACCUGGUCGGCAAGAUGUGCGUGUCCGGCGUCAUAACGUCCCUGUACGUGUACACCGCUGAACUGUAUCCGACGCGGUACCGGUCCAGUCUCUUCGCGUAUUCCUCCAUGAUUGGAAGAGUUGGAGGCAUCUUAGCACCACUCAUGCCUGGAUUUGCAGCAGUGGUGUGGGUGCACCUCCCGUUCCUGGUGUUCGGCGUGCUGGCGCUGGUGUCCGGCCUGCUGGUGCUGCUGGCGCCGGAGACCCUCGGGACACCCUUGCCCGACUCCAUGGAGGAGGCUGCGGAACUUGGCAGGGAGUCACCCGUUCUGCAGUGGUUGAAGACGCUAAUGUUUAGGAGCAAAAGUUAUACUAUUAAAUAAUUUAGAA